AUGGCGUCUGUGAUGAAUCCCAAUAGCUACGUGUACCAGGAGUGUAUAGCCGUGGCGGGGCGCGGGCCAAGUCGAGCGGGCCCACCCGGCCGCCUCUGUCCGCCGCAAAGGCGGUGGGCGAAUAAAGCGGUGGACAAAGACGUCCGUCUGUGCGCGACAUCUGAGCGACGUGUGUCGCCCCCCCCCCCCCCCACCCCCCUCUCCAGCCCCCGCCGCCCCCCGGGUCCGUGCCGA